GGUAGGGGCAGCGCAGCGGUGUGUGCCAUGCAGCCCGUGGGGCAGUUCGUGCCGCUGCUCUUGCUGUGCCUGCUGGCCGUGGCUCUGCCCGGUGCGGACGGCGCCUCCGGGAGGUUCUGGCACCUCACGGACCUGCACUGGGACCCCGGGUACGAGGCGGCGGCGGCAGCGGGGCGGCCGUGCCCCUCGGGCGGCGAGCGGACCGGGCCCGCCGGGCCGUGGGGCAGCUACCUGUGUGACUCGCCCUGGAGCCUGCUGCGCUCGGCCGCCCGGGCCAUGCGGGACCGCCUGGCCACGCCGGAUUUCGUGCUCUGGACCGGGGAUGACACUCCCCAUGUCCCCAAUGAGCAGCUUGGAGAAGAAAAGGUUCUGCACAUCAUAGCAAAUCUGACUUCUCUGAUAAAAGAGACAUUUCCAGGUACUAAGGUCUACGCAGCGAUGGGCAAUCAUGACUUCCACCCCAAGAAUCAGUUUCCUGGGAAGGAGCACAGGAUCUACAACCAAACAGCGGAACUGUGGCGGCCCUGGCUGAGUGAUGCCUCCCUUCCUCUCUUCAGAGCAGGAGCUUUCUACAGCGAGAAGCUGCCUGGCCCAGGGAGCAGGGGGCGGAUGGUUGUCCUCAACACCAACCUGUACUAUGACCAGAACGAUGAGACAGCUGGUGAGGAGGAUCCUGGGGGACAGUUCCAGUGGCUGGAAGAAACACUCACCAAGGCCUCUAGAGCAGAUGAAAAGGUCUACAUCGUGGGGCACGUCCCUCCCGGCUUCUUCGAGAAGAAACGGGGCAAGCCCUGGUUCCGGAGGGGCUUUAACGAGCGGUACCUGGCAAUUGUGCAGAGGCACCACAGGGUGAUCGCUGCCCAGUUCUUUGGGCACCAUCACACGGACAGCUUUCGCAUGUUCUACAGCGACACAGGUGCUCCAAUCAGUGUCAUGUUCCUGGCCCCUGGAGUGACUCCCUGGAAAACAACAUUACCUGGAGUGAGCAAUGGAGCCAACAACCCUGCGAUUCGGGUGAUCGACUACGAUCAGGACACCCUUCAGGUCUUGGAUGUGGUGACUUACUACUUGAACCUCACUCGUGCCAACAUGAUGUCCUCACUCCCAGUGUGGGAGGAAGAGUACAGGCUGACAGAAGCCUUCCAGGUCCCUGAUGGCUCUGCAAGCUCCAUGCAGACGGUGCUGGAGAGGAUCUGGAGGGACCCACACUACUUACAGCUGUACUAUGAGUUUAACUCUGCCAGAUAUGACCUGGAGCUGUGCAAGCAGGAAUGCCGUGUGGAUCACCUGUGUGCCAUCAGGGAAGUCGAUUUUAUAAAGUACAAUGAGUGUGUGAAAACAAACAGCUCUGCCUCUGCUGCUGGCAGUGUUUGGCUUUUGGUUUUCUGCAUGUUCUUAGGAUUGCUCAGUCCUCAGUGAGUGCUGUGAUGGCCAAGAGCAAGAGAAAAGGAGGAGGGCACGAGAUCGCACUACAGUGCAUGUGAAUUGGUGAUUUUGCCAUUGAGAGCUUGCUUGGAAACCAGGACAAAAUCAUCAGUGUUUCUAAAAGCCCUGUGAUGCUGAUUUGAAAUUUUCUAGACAAGCUUGAUGUGUGAAGAGCAAUGUUUUUGAGAGCCUUGUUAUGCCAAAGUGACUGCGACAGGGAGUGUCUCCCCUCUGCUGGGGCAGCCUCACCAAUCAGAUGAACACCAGGCCUCCCUGUGGACAUGAACUGCCACAUGUUCCAGAGGCUGCUGCCAGCAUUCCUUAUGUUGGCACAACACUUUCUCAAGUCUGCACAGCUGGUGACUCAGGAAUUCUUGUGGUGGCUUUGUUCCACAGCAGCCUGAGGCUUAUGAGCAAAGCGAGGGUGAGGCGGCAGCGUCUGGACUUCAGCAAACUUUGGUGUUUCAGUGCUGAAGAUGAGGUGCUGAUGAUUAGUUGUGCCUCAGCUGUUGAGCAUAAAUAGCUCUUUUCACUCC